AGGGGAAACAAACAUGCACAUUUUUGGGGGGUAGGUGCUAUCGGGACCUUGAUACCGGACUUUUCGUGCCGUUUUUCCGACUUUUGCCCGCCGUUCCAGCUAUGAGGUGACAACAGGUUGCUAGCAUCCGUCAGUCCUUGUUGCCAAGGUAACGAUGGCUGCUCCAGAGGAGGAGUACCCCGAGUACCAGGACCUGCUGGAGGAGCACUGCUACAUCAUCACCGAGAUGCUCGACCCCAUCAAGGUUGUUCCGUACCUCCGCUCCAAACAUGUGAUGGACGAGAGUGACUAUGAAGAAAUCGAAGCAAAGGACACUCGCAAGAAAAAAGCAAUGCACUUUGUGAACCUGCUGAAGGGGAAAGGCCCCGAGGGUUACGGACACUUCAUCGACAUCUUGGAGAAGGUGAUGCCACACCUGUACCGGCUUCUGACCAAUAAGGACCCUCGGAGGCAGUCAUCCAUCAGUACAUAUGGACAGGAGGAGGGAGACUUCUGCCCAGACUGCCUGGGAGCAGGGAGUAGCGAGUACCUCCUCCUGGCCACAAAACUGGUGGAGCUCAACAAGAAAUAUGCCGCUGUCAAGUGGAGGGAAGCAACGAAGAGUAACGCUGUGGAGGAGUUUCAGGAAAAGUUCAGAGCAAAGGAAGUCGAAGUAGAAGAUCUCCAGCGGAAGAUGGAAAACUAUGAGGACAUCAAGCGGGGGUACCUGCAACUCAAGGACCAGAAUCACAGUCUAACAGAAGAGAAGUCGAACCUCCUGGCAAAGGUAGUUUCUUACAUGGAGGAGAGCAAAAGUACGCAGGAGAGGCUGAGGGAAACCAUGCAGGAACUGGAUCAGGUACACUUGGAGCUGAACAGUGAGCGAGAGAGGAUGACCCUGGAGAGGACACAGUCCAUCAGACUGAGGCGAGAGGUGGAGAGUCAACCUGACUCCAUCAAGCUGCAGAGGAAAGUGGAACUACUGGAGAUGGAACUGGCCAAGGAGAGGAGCAAGAACAGGGCUGCGGUGAAUCCAGCGGUGACCGACUCGUCCACAGACAUCCUGAAGCAGGACCUGGAGGAGGCUCAGGAGAAAUGUAAGGACAUGGUCGAGGACCUCUAUCGGGCCAGAGAGGAACUGCACAAGGCGGAGAAACAAAAGGAGAAGAUUCGUCAGGAGAAGGAGGAGCUGCAGGUUCAGUGUUCCCUCCUGUCCAGUGAGAAAAAUAACCACAAGAAGUGGAGCGAGACGGCCCUGGAGAAACUGGAGCAGGUCGAGAAGGAGAGAAACGAGGCUUGGCAGGCAAGAGACGAUGCCCAGACCAACAUGCGGAAGUGCAUCGCCGACAAGGACAAGUACUGGGCCAUGGUCAACGACCUGACCAGCCAGAUCGAGGAGAAGGACAAGGAGAUCGGGCAGCUCAGGAUCAAGAUGACCAGACAUAAGCUUUACACCUCUGCUCAGCAUGACAGCCUUCUCCUGCCACCGCCCAGAGGUGCCCGGUGUGACGCAUGUGGACAGGCGCUCCCGGUGUACGGUCGACAGUCUAGCUCCAUCAGCAACAGGUCUUCAGAAGACAUUGACGUGUUGGUGAAGGAAAAGUUUCGCAAGCGCGCCUUUGAGACGAAGCACUACGACAAGUUCUGUCGGUCCCAAUCCCUGGGUGACCUCACACAAGACGCCAUCGACUCCGCGUUCAAAGAAAUUACCACAACGUACGUCUCAGAAGAAUGGGACGACGUUCCGUACGGCACACUGAAGAGAACAGAGACAACCACUCCAGAACCUUCCAUGUCUGUCCGUAGUAGAAAGCGGAGUGGAGAGGGGUGUCUAAGGUACUCCCAGAUCAGCACAGGACCCUUGAGUCUAGAUGAAACCACACAGAAGGUGAAAUGUAACAGCAUCGCAGACGCAGAGUCAGAAGAUGAGAUCUGUGAUCCGUUCAGUAAUGACAGACCGCGCUCACAGUCCUGUAGUGCUCUUGAGCACUACCAACUCGAAGGCAUGCUUAAAGAUGGGAGUGACUCUGGAGUAGAAGGCUUGGACAGCUGCAAAUUGUACUCAUCACGGCCGGUAAGCUCUACACAAACAAGGUGGGAGGUGACCUUGCCAGCCAGCGACCUUCAAGUCGAGGUGACCAUCGUCGGGGGCAACAAGGAGGGAAUCUUCGUGAGCAGCUGCGCAGAAAGGUCGGAGGCAAGUCGGCAGGGACUGGUGCAAGGGCAGCAGAUUACUGGUCUUCAGUACCGUGUGGACCAGUAUGGGCGAGGCAGGACAGUGAGGAAAGUGUCCAUGGCUGGUCUCACCCUGGAGGAGGCUCACCAAGCUGUGGAGGAAGCAUGUGGGCAGGUGACCUUGACUGGAACAGAUAACUGGUCGGGUUACCAGCUGUGCCAGGAGCACCACCUGGUCCUGCGGGGCGGCGACGACUUCUACGUCAGAUCCAACUCCAGCGUGGAGGAUCCGGAUCUCAGGAUCAAGAUCAAGGAGGGAGAGAUCUUCCACGUCACCUGCUCAAGGUACAAGGGGGACCAGAAGUGGUAUGCUACCCAGGUGGAUCCUGACACUGGUGACUUCUCCAACCCCGGGCCCAUACCCAGCUCUAGAAGGCUGAGAGAAAUGGAGCUCCAGUCCUCCCUGGCCAAGAGUUUACAGAAGAAACACUUCUUCCCCUCCCCCGCCCGCUCCAAAAGCGUGAAACCUCCGCUGUCUCCAAAUAAGGAAAAACUCUUCAUGAGGAGUCAGAGUGAACAGACAGGCGCAACUGGUGGAUUUUUUGGAGAGGAUGAACUGAUGAUCACACCUUACACCAGACUUAAACGAGUUGACGUAAAAGGCAAACGUCCAGUACUCCUGCUGGGUCCACAGAUGCUGGUACAUACCGUGGCCUUCCAACUGACCCUUCCACCCCACCAGGAGGAGGACCUGCAGUUUGAACAGUGUCCACCUGUCGUUGAGUCCAGUCAGCACACAGUGCAGUCCGGUGAGAUGUUGGGAGGUCUGGUGUCACAGUACAGCCUCAACAGCAUCAAAGACAUCAUCAGACAGGACAAACACUGUGUGCUGACCCUCAGUACCGACUGUCUCCAGUGUCUCCACGACAACAGCAUCUAUCCAAUCAUCAUCUUCCUCAAACCAGGAAGGAGCAAGAUCAUCAUGUCCCUGACCCAAGGAACCGACAAGCAGGUAGCCAAGGACCAGAAGGCUCAGGCCAUGGACGUCCUGAACACCCUCGGCCAUCUUAGUGUCCAGCACUUCUGUAUCGAGCUAGAUGGAGCCAAGGUCAAGGACAAGGAGGGGCUGGUCUUGGCGGUCAAGGAGCAGGUCAGGAGGGUCAAAGGUGUCAAGAUUCUCUGGCUGGAAGAGGCAAGGCCUGUGUAGGGAUCUAAGGGUUCUGGGGAUUAUGUUUAAAGUUAAAACUUUUGGUCCAACGCAAAAAAUUCUCUCACCUAGAGCUUUCAACCAGUCACUCUGGUCUUCCUCAGUAGACUGAC